AUGAAGUAUAUCGCAUUGGCCCUUUUCGUUUGCCUGCUGGCUGUGGCUCUGGUUGCCGCUGUGCCAGUGGAUGAGGCAUUGCAGGGCGACAACAUCUAUGGCCAGGCUGACGAUGUGCACAAUCCCUACGAUCCUCAGGCCAUAUUCAAGCUGAAGAAACUGAAGAAGCUGCUGUUGGGCUAA